CCCACCCCAAGCCACCGCUUCCACUCGAUCGAGAGAGAGAGGGAAGUGACGGAAAAAAUAUUUUUUUACCUUAGUGAUGUCGCCUCUCACCUCAGUGUCCUUGUCAUCCCUUUCACCUAAGCCCUAAACAGUACCGCGUCUCCGGAGUCUCUGUUCCCGUCUCCCAGUUGCUCCGUAGAUCUCCCUUUUUUAGGCCAAACAAUCCAGCCACCACCACGCCUGCACAUCCCCACUCCUAAAAAUAGUAGCCGGCGGCAUGCAAAUACGAUACCCCACGCCUUCUUCCCGUUCAUGAUAUGGAGCUCUCCUCCUCAGAUCAAUAAUGGGCCUAUAUAUGAGACGCACGAGCAACGCCAGUUAGCAACCAGCCACCACUACCAACCCUCCAGUCUCAGUCUCCGUCUCCUGCUGAGCAACAAGGGUAUGUAUGCACCUGUAAGGCUGUAACUUAAGCUACUCUCCAAGUCCAAGCAAGUUCCUUUUUUUUCCUCAUCUCUUCUCCUUGCGGAAUCUCGAGCCAGCUUCAGCAGUUCAGAGAUUCUGCUGGAGCCUGGAGGAAGCUUCUCUACCCACCACUCCGACGCGGCCGCCGUCGACGAGAUCAGCCGCGCCGUCGCCACCAAAGGCAAAAGAAGAGAUCGAGCUCGAGGCUCGAGCUCGAGCAGGCAGCAGGGAGGGGGCACCCAGAUAUAUAGAUCCCCCAAAAGAUUAAUUGAUGGACCUGUCCCCGAACCCCGAGAGCCCGGGAAGCGGUGGUGAUGGCGGCGGUGGCGGAGGCGGAGCCGGGGGAUCGAGCAGCGGCGGGGCGUCUCCGUCGGCGGGCUUCGGCACGCCGCAGACGCCGAGCCGGUACGAGGCGCAGAAGCGGCGGGACUGGAACACGUUCGGGCAGUACCUGCGGAACCACCGGCCGCCGCUGAGCCUGGCGCAGUGCAGCGGUGCGCACGUGCUGGAGUUCCUGCGCUACCUGGACCAGUUCGGCAAGACCAAGGUGCACACGCCGGCGUGCCCCUUCUUCGGCCACCCGAACCCGCCCGCGCCGUGCCCCUGCCCGCUGCGCCAGGCCUGGGGUAGCCUCGACGCGCUGGUGGGCCGCCUCCGCGCUGCCUUCGAGGAGAACGGGGGCCGCCCGGAGUCCAACCCCUUCGCGGCGCGCGCCGUCCGCCUCUACCUCCGCGAGGUCCGCGAGCACCAGGCCCGCGCGCGCGGCGUCAGCUACGAGAAGAAGAAGCGCAAGAAGGCGCAGCGGCCGGCUGAUCACGCCAGCGGCAGUGGAGGCGGCCAAGGACCUCACCACCCGCCGCCCGCCGGCGCGUCGGGCUGAGGAACCCAUGGUAUGCCGGCCGGACUGAGCAUAUUUUAUGUAGUUUCGAUCGAUUUGCGGCUGCAUGCAUGCACACGGUCUACUUACUCCUACCAUUUUGCUCGCGCCAUGCUACUGCUUCUUCUUCUUCUUCUUCGGUUAGACUCUCCGCAGAUCGUGUGCCUACAUUGUUAUUGUGCUUCUGCUCUCUCUGCUGCUACUAGCUUCAGUUCCUAGCUACCGCUUAUUUUUGGUGUCAAUCAGUUUAAUUUGCCGGUGGAAGCAAAUCUUGUCAUUUGAUCAAUGAAUUAUAUGAUUGCUAGCUUUUUAUAA